CUGCCCCCAAUCGCCCCUCUUCCCAACGUUAAGAUUCGGAAGCGUCGUCGAAAACGUUAGGGUGUAAAAACCCGACCAUUUUUUUAAGAAUUUUACCGGACAAGUCGCCAAAAUACCUCCCUUAAAGGAACUAGAUUUCCCCCUCCCCAUCUUUGACGGACUGGAACUGAAGCAAGAGCCAGAAUCUUGCGGAUAUUCAUCAUGUGCUCCUAUGGAUGUUCUCGAUCUGUAUGAGUCAGGCGAAUGGUCAGCAGCGAAUUCUCCUUGCUCUGAGCUGUUCGAAGAUGUGGAUCUGAGCUCUGCUUCUGAUCUGGAUGAGAAUUGCUCGUAUCUGAAUGACAUCGCGAUCGACUUUGCCUCUUACCUGGAUCCUGCCACCUUGAGUACCAGUCCCGAAGAUUUGAGCAAGUAUUUAGCACCCAAAGAGCCCAAGCGUAGAGAAGUAGUGGAGCCAUAUUUACCCGAGGUAGAACGGGGGUACUCUCCCAUUAAGAUUGUAAAAGUAGAUUCCAAAGUAAAUUCCCUUAAACCGGCUGUGACGUACAGAUCAACUAACCUGGCGAAAGAACCUGAGCUGAAGUCGAACAGGCUGCCUUCCAUCUCUUCGCAACUCAAGGCGCCGAAAUCCCGUCGUGGUUCGUCGUCUUUGAAGAAAGCGGUUGAGAAAGGAAGCGAUGAAUAUCGUUUGAAACGAGAGCGAAACAACAUUGCGGUCCGCAAGAGCAGAUUCAAGAGCAAGCAGAAAUAUGUGGAGACCCAGCACAAAGUUGACGAGCUGCAAGAGGAGAAUGCCCGCCUACAAUCCAAGGUGGAUUUUCUCACUAAAGAGCUCAACGUUCUCCGGAGCCUGUUUUCCACCACUGGUGCCUACAAGGACCCUUCGGUCAAUGCAGCACUGAUGUCUCAUGGCAUCCCGACUCAUCAUGGACUUGUCGCCUCCCGUUAACCAUUUUCCAAAUGGAACUCUUUUAACUGAUUGUGGACGUUUAAAGAAAAAAAUCAUGUAGAUCUCUGCUUUUGAUGAAUUGGUGUAACAUCACAGCCUAAUAAAUACAGAUUGAUCACAGAAA